UGCCAGCUGUCAGUGCUCAUCCAUGCCACCUGCCAGUGCCCAUCAGUGCCACAUCAAUGCCACAUAUCAGUGCCUACCAGUGCACAUCAAUGCCACAUAUCAGUGCCCAUCUGAGCUGCCUUUCAGUAUCACCCAUCAGUGCCAGUCAGUGCCACCUAUCAAUGCCAGUCAGUGCCACCCAUCAGUGCUGCCAAUCAGUGCCACAUAUCAGUGCCAGUCAGUGCCGCCUAUCAGUGCCCAUCAGUGCUGCCUAUCAGUGCCACCUAACAUCAGUGCCACCUAUCAGUGCCAUAUAUGAGUGCUGCCUUUCAGUGCCCAUCAGUGAUGUCU